GCACUCAGGGUAUGCCUCCUGGCAUGUACGGAAUGGCACCUGGCAGUCAGUUUGGGGCACCUUACGGUCAACAAGGAGGACAUCCUAUGCUAGGGGCACAAGUUACAGUACCUGCAUAUGCAAUAGAACCAUACGGCGCUCCAGCACCAAAUAUACGCUACCAAAAUCCAGCAUCCAUGCCACUCGGUUAUCCGCCUCAACCACCGCAAGCUCCAGAAGGGCAAGGGCCACAAGGCAUGGCCGGUUAUGGUCCACAAGGUGUGCCAGCAGCAGCAUAUGACCAACAAGCGAUGCUGGGAUAUGGGACUUAUGGACAAGGAGGGCCCCAAGCACCAUAUUUGUACGGACCACCCGUAACAGCACCGUAUCCGCAGCCUGGGUUUGCAAGUGGCCAAGAAUAUGCUGGCAUUCCACCGGGCUAUGCACCUCCACCUGGAUAUGGGGCUGCCGCUCCGCCCGGUUAUCCAACAGACCAAGCAGCGGGCAUGCCCAGCGAACGUGAGCCGCAGCAGUUUGAUCCCUGUACGGGGAGAGACGUGUGCACAUGUCCGGCGCAGCACAAGAUCGGGGAAUACUGUGUUCAAUCGAAUCUGGGCAUGGACGCUAUACAGCGUUUCCUCAAGUCGCUGCAAUUGUCUUGUCCCGCGAAUGGUCUGCAGAACUGCGCUCUCCUUCUGCCCAUCGACCUUGACAUGGCCAACCGGACGGAUGAGGGCGAUACCAAGAAGGGAAAGAAAUCGUCACCCAAACGUAGACUAUCCACCGGCGAUGCAGCUGGUAAAAAGGCUGCAAGCUUAGACGCUACCAAAUCGAAAGGAUCUGUAAGAAGUUCACCUGUAGCUUCACCUGAUGCAAUAUCGCCAGUGACAUCGAAUUCAAAUGAUCCGAAUGCGGCCACCGAAUGCACUCCUGUAGCCGCCGCCUGUCCACCGCCGCAACCCUCUAUGCGCUCCUUCACCUGCAAUACCAGCUGCCAGGUUCAGGCGGACGACUCCACGCAGACUGUGGGAGGAACAUCCAAAAAGAACCCAAAGGAAUACCCGACCGCGUACCAGUGCGAACCAGCCAAAGGCCCCAGUUGCUGCAACGCCUGCUGCAAUGGCUGCUGUCAGUCGUGCUACUGGCCGUACUACUACUACUACAAUCCAUACACUGGCUGCUACUACUGGUACCCCAACUACUGCAAUGGCUGCCAAAACUGCUGUCCGAAGGAUCCGCUGGAGAAGAUACCCGAGAAACCGCAGCCCAAGGAACCUGCAGCAGCAGCAGGAGCAACAGCAGCAGCGACACCCAAAGCAAAGAAGAAAAAUGAUAGGAAAAUGGGUGGUGGGCCCGCAGGUAUGAGCUAUAGCCUCAGCUGCGCCAUUCCCAAGCGCCGCACCACUGCAGCAGCGGCCACCAGGAAUAUGAGGCAGGCUAUUAUGCCCGGCUAUUAUCCCACAUCGAUGCCCAGUGAUUGCUCACCUUAUGGCCAGAUUGGAUUGGCCAGGGGCCGAAUUCCUUGAUCCCAGUGCUGGGGUUGUAAGCUGCUGUAAUCACAUACCUCGCUCGCUUGGAUGUGCACGACUCGGUCUCGGACGACACGUUCUCUUCGUCUAUGUUAAAAUUUAAGGUUAAAUACAUUUUAUAGCAUUUUUUUAAGUUCAUAAAAGACGACUAAUUCAGGA